AUGGCGUGGUUUUCCUGGGCCGGAUCUUGGACUGAGCCUGACGGUGACUCGUCGGAGGCCUUCAAGCUGGGUGAGGUUGUGGAGUACUACAGCGCAUCUCAGGGUUCGUGGAUCCCCGCCAAGGUCGUGGCCGUGAAUGCAAAGGGGACCUAUGAUCUGGACUGCAAGCCUGGCGUACCCAGACAGAAGAUACGAUCCUAUGCGACGGCGAGAGAGAGCAGACUUUCAGCUUCCGCGGCUUCGGGAGUCUUGGAGUUCGAGCCUGGAGAGGUCGUGGAGUACUUUAGUGCAUCGCAGAGCGACUGGAUAUUGGCAAAAGUCCUGAGCAUCAACCCGAACGGUACCUACAACUUGGAUUGCAAGCCAGAUGUACCACCGGAGCGCGUCCGGGCCCAGCGUGACAAUGAGCUGGUCCGAAGCCCGCUACAAAAACUCCAGAAGCCCACUCGUUUGCGACAGGCCAGCACCAUCUUCAAUCUUUGCCAGGUGCAAGCUUUGGAGCCGGUAGAACUCCUGCGAGUGCAGCGGGCCGGCAGUAGGUGGCAGUACGAGGUGUGCAGCGAGGGAGCCCAGGCCCUGGAAGCUUUCGGAGAAAAACGCAUUGCAGUGGUGUCGGUUUGCGGCAUGCGCGGCACCGGAAAGAGCUACCUUCUGAACGCCCUCCUAGAUGGGAUGAAGAAUGGUCCGAAGUUCAAGCUUGGGUCCCCGGGCGACGGCACCGCCGGGCUUUGGCUUUGGAGCUACCAGGACCCCGAAGAGGAGCAUGCCCCGGUGAUGGCCUUCCUUGAUUGUGAGGGUUUUGGCAACGACUCCGACCGUGAUGCUCAGAUGAUGUCCUUGUGCGCGUUGCUGUCCUCCGUCCUUGUCCUGAACACAAAGGGUACGCUGAACGACAGCGUGUUCAGCUCACUUGCGCAGAUUUGCCGUUUUGCUGAGCACAUGGAAGAACGCGGUCAGGAGGUUAGUCGCCCAGCUCUGCUGUGGGUGCUGAGGGACUUCGUGCUAGAGCUGCGUGAUGCUGCUGGUCAUACUAUGAGCUCGGAUGAAUACCUGGAACAAGCUCUGCAUGCUGCAGAUGCACGUGGGGCUGGCAAAGAGGCCCAGCGGUGCUCUGAAGUCAGGGAUACGAGAAUGUCUUGUGCAACCGAAGUGCAGCCAGACAUGAAGUGUUGUGGUGGUUCCGGGUUCUGUUCUCGAACGAUGUAUGGUCCAUGUAAUGGCUGCCGGCACUGCCGCCGACCCCUGCGGAGCAACAGCGCCUCGGAGGAACGACGGAAAUUCGCAACUCUGAACCUUUCACCCACCGGUCAAAGCAGUAGAUUCAGCUGCCCCCGUGCAAAGAAAUAUAGGGGCCCUGAUAAUUACCAGCACUGUUUUGGGCUUUCCACACGAGAAUUACAGUAUAUUCGGGCCCCAAACCCUAUUCUAAUUCUGUGGGGGGGAUGUGUUAUCGCAGGUGAAUUCUUGAAGCCCUGA